GACGUCCUUAUCUGUUUUUCUCGCGCGCGCGCUUCCCCGUCUUACCGCUGUCCGCUACACCUGCGACGGUUGCUAGUGAUUAGCGGGUGAGUGGUAACCAUAGACCGAUUGUGUGUGUGUGUGUAUAUGUGUACAGUAAUACGCGGCUGAAUAUUGCGAUGCGCGAAUUCCUCCGGGCGCACCGUCGUCGUGAAAAAUACUUGAUACUGUUAUUAUUGUGAUUGUGGUAUAAACAAUUGUUAUUGUAGUUUGUGCGGUUGACAUCACUCGGUCACCACUCACCACCGCCACGGCCUUCGCGUCAACGUUCAUAAUAAUUGUAAUAUUAUCCGUGUGCUGUGUACCUAACACAAAUUGUUCUUACCCGCCAGACCGCUGUUGCUCGGCUAUUCCGUUUAGCUAGAUAUCCGGAUGGUGCUUGGGCGCAUCAUUUCUAAAUUGUCUACCUUGUCCACCCCUGAGACGGUACCCCCAUAUACAUAAGAACAUCAACCUUAUAGCUAUUUUCAUUGUUGUGUAAUGAUGUUGAAUUGACGUCUUCAAGCUCCACCAGCCGACACGAUGCAAACGAUUUCAGUGAACGACUGUCUGCAAGACUCUCCAAAAUUCAGGAGCCAAUUAGAUCGCCAUGAAUCAAAUAUUGAUCUAUUAGAGCAUAGGCUAGAAAAGGUUGUAAAAGUCUGCAGUCUUAUGAUAGAUUCUGGAAAAACCUAUGUAAGCCAACAGUCAUUAUUUGCCAAUAGCCUUUGGGAAAUGGGUUUAUGCUUCCGUGAUGAUACUUCAUCUACUAAAAAUCUAAACAAAAUAAUACAUGCACUUCAAGAAAUGAACAAAUUUUUAACAACAUUCCUAGACCAAGCCUCACGGACAGUUUUAAAUAAUUUGACUGUCUUUGUUAAGGAAGACAUUAAAGCCAGCAAAGAAUCAAAACAUACAUUUGAAAAAGCAGCAUCUGAACUUGAUAGUGCUCUAUUAAGGAACUCUCAGGUUUUGAAAUCAAGAUUGAACGAAGCAGAUGAACUUUUGAAUCAAGUCGCAACAGCAAGAACUACUUUUCGUCAUGCAGCACUUGAUCAUGUUCAUUGUAUAACUAUGCUACUGGCUAGGAAAAAACCAGAAAUCUUUUCGACUCUAUUAUCUUACAUACAAGCUUGGAGCACAUAUUUCCAUCAAGGAUUCACCUUAACAGAGGAUCUUCAAGAAUUUAUUCAAACCCUUAAUGAAGAGGUAGUAGUAAUGACAUCAGAUGCUACUAAAAUGGAAAAGCAACUUAGUGAACAUCAUAAACUAGUUGAUUGCCAAGAUACAGUUAUAAUAAACAGCGAUGACUCAGAAAAUGUUCAGAAAGGCAAGGAUGUGUCACGCAUUGAAGGAUAUUUGUAUAAACGCACUAGCAAUGCUUUCAAGACUUGGAAUCGACGAUGGUUUUAUUUAAAGAAUAAUCAGUUAGCAUAUCGGAAACGCAGUGGUGAGGAUUUAUUUACUGUCAUGGAAGAAGAUCUUAAACUUUGUUCAGUUAAGCCAGCUAAUGAUGCAGAACGUAGGUUUUGUUUUGAAGUUCUAUCCCCGACUAAGAGCCAUAUACUUCAAGCUGACUCUGAACAUGUGUAUAAGUCAUGGAUUGAAGCUCUUCAACAAGGAAUUGGUGCUGCAAUACAAGAUAGUGAUCAACGAAACACUAAUCACUCUUCUGGAAAUAAUCAGCCAUCCAACGAUUAUAAUAGUUUAAACAAUCGACUGUCAAAUUCAAGUAAACUCAAAAAAUCCAAAACGUUGGAAGUGCUACUUAAAAUUGGUGGUAAUGAAAAGUGUUGUGACUGCAAAGCUCCUAAUCCAAGUUGGGCUAGUAUUAACUUGGCAAUUACUUUGUGCAUUGAGUGUUCUGGUGUUCAUCGAAGUCUUGGUGUGCAUUAUAGUAAAGUCCGUUCAUUAACACUUGAUGACUGGGAACCAGAAAUUUUAAAAGUUUUGGCUGAAGUCGGAAAUGCUAUAGUCAAUGAUGUAUACGAAUAUAAUGUCCCAUCCACUGUUGUGCGUGCUUCAUCUAAGUGUCAAGAUUCAGUUCGUGAACAAUGGAUUCGAAAUAAGUAUGUUGAUCGUCGAUAUGUCAAACCAUUGCCCAACACACAAUUGAUAAUGGAAGAUCCAGAUACAAAGAAAUGGAGCGUGCGCAAAGUCCGACGACGAGGAACUCAAUACAAAUCUAUACGAAAAACCACUACAAAAAGUGGGGCCAAAGAUAAUGUUAUGAUAAUUGGUGGUAACACAGGCCCUAUAGCAUUAGAUACAAUUAGUAGUGAUGAUGAUUCAACAAUUAGUGAUGAUGGAACUGAUGUUGGGGAAGAAGAUAUUUCUACCCUGGAACCAGACAUGUUGCUCUAUAAAGCUGCAUCAGCACAUAACCUUCCAGUAAUGUGUCAUGCAAUAGCAAUGGGCGCAGAUAGAAAUUGGAAGAAUCUUAACGACAGAGGGCGAACUUGCUUGUACCAAGCUAUACAAAGUGGUUCUGUAAUGGCAUGCGAGUAUCUGAUUCUAAAUGCGGCUAACAUAAAUGUCCAGGAUAAUGACGGUCAAACACCUUUGUUUUACGCAACACAAAUAGGACAUACAGCCCAAGUAUGUUUACUUCUGAAACAUAAGGCGGACCAAUAUCUUAAAGAUAAUGAUGGUACUGAACCGUUGGAAGUGGCCAUCAAACAAGCUAAUGCUGACAUAGUAACUUUGCUCAAACUAAGCCGUUUAAAUGAGGAGCAUGGAAAUACAGAAGAUUCGUUUAAUGACGCGGUACGUGAUUUCACCCAACUUACAUACAGUCCAUUACAUAAAUGAACAUAUUAUCAACGUGCAACGCCAAAAAAUCAUCAUAUAUUUAUAAGACUUGUGUGAUAGUCUUUGGCAGUAUACCUCUUAGAUUUAUUAUGAGUUAUGACUAUAUAUUUCCGUAAUGAACAAAAAAAAAAAUACUUAAUAACUAUUUCAUGUUUUGAGUAUUUAGCUUAAUAUAUUAUUUGUUUAUACGGCAUUUUUUAGUAAUUUUAUGUUUUAAGUACUAUUGUUAGUUACCCAUUACAUAAUGUUAAAAU